CUCCGGACGCCGGCGGAGUUGACCCGAGAGCACGCCGCCGAGCCGAGCCGAGCCGAACCUCGUCCCCCGUCGCUGAACGCCAACGACAUGGAGCGCACGAAGCUGUCCGAGUACCAGGCCAAAGUUUUGGAGGAGAAUUUUAAAGCGAACCGGAACCCCGACGGGACGACGCUCAUGCUGGUCGCCGCCGAGUGCGGACUCUCCGAGGCGGAGACGCGGAACUGGUUCGAGCUGCGCAGGUCCCAGUGGCGCCAGGCCGAGGGUCUUCCGGCCAAACUGGGCUCUGUGUUGGAUUGAGACCCGCCCACGCCCCCCCCCAACUUCCUCUUCUUCCUGCCUCCAAAGCGCUUUUUAUUUUGUAUAUGAAGAUAUUUGAAUUUGCGGAAAAUGAAGGUGUUUGUGUGCCGUUGAGUAUAUAACUGCUGUGUUUACGUGAAAUGACAGAUUAUUGUUAAUAAAUUAAGGGUUAAAAUGG